AGACCAAGCUAACGAACCCAGGCUUGGGCUUUUAGCUUCUGGGCUCAAGCCCGUUUUCUCGGAUUCGAUUAAAUAAAAUUUGUGGGCUGUUAUCACUGGAUAGGAUGGGCCAAAGCCCAAUAAGGAUCAAUUGGGGUCAUUCCUUUCCAACCCCACCAAUAGAUGACUUGCGAACAAAGUCAUUAAUCUCAAUAAUGACAACAGUUGAGUUGAGCCAUCUCUCCCAGUUGAGUUGAAAAACAGUUUUAAUUAAUUUGGUUUGGAGGAAGAUAUAUAGUAGGUAGGAAGAAGAUGUUGACAAUGUAUUGGGAAAUAUUAGCAUGGAUGAUGUGCUAUGGAACCACAAACUUUGUAACAUUAAUUCAUGUCUGGUGGGAAAUUUAUUGAAGAGGAUGAGUUCGAUCGAGAUUCUUUAAUCUUGACUUGUCUCGAUUCUUUUUACGGAAGUUAAACCCAGUCUAAGUAUGAGGAUAUCACAUCAGGCAUAGCACAAGACUCUCUUUACAGAGUGUGUGCGAGCAGUUUUCUUAUGUAAUUUUCUAUCAGUAGUCCGUCAUGUUAAUAUUUGUUCAAUUCAAAUUGUAAAAGGAGGUGGAUGGUCAACCGAGGAAGAAGGUGAGGUUGAACCAAUUCGUGAGCACCUUUUUCAUAGACGAUCCGUGAAAAAAAGUAGCAAAAUUGAAUUCAAGUCAUUCGAUCGUAAAAUAAUAAAAUGAAUGGAGUUCCAACUUCCAAUCUAUAUCAUAAUGAUUCAUGUAUGCUGUUGACAGAGACUGCUGCUCUCUCAUUAUAGCGAGUGCACAGGGAGUUGGCUUUUGCAGUUGCAGCUACCUUAUCUUCACCAUAUUCAUUCUCCAAAGCUUUUGAGUACAAAUAUAUCUUCAUCACGGAUCAUCCAUCGCCCAUAUUUAUUGGCUCCAUUUCCCUCCUCCCAAACUGCACAUACAUAUGCAUAAUAAGAACCCACCAAAACCCCGUUCCUUCCCCACAAGCCAAUUGCUCCAGAGAAAACCACCAUAACCAUUCGAAUCCAUGAAGAAGAAGAGCUUGAAAAUGGCGACUCUCGUCGUCGUCGUCUUCCUGCUGCUCCUCCUCCUCAUCACCAAUCCAUCCAUCUCCAUGGCUGAUGGCCUUCAAGCAGAUCAUCUGGUGAGGAGGAAGCUGCUGCAGAUGGAUCUGGUGUUGUUGGACUAUGAGAAAGACCCAGGAGCCAAUACAAAGCACUUGCCAGGUCCCAGCAAACCUGGAGUCGGUGGCUGAAAGCUAUUACAUUUAAUUUAUACAGGGGAAAUUCACGAGUCUCAACCACCUUCCAUAUCUACCACAAACUACGAGUUAUAUCGAGAUCUCUUAUGUAAAUGCUGAAAAGGGUUCCCUUCUGAUGUUGUUGUACUUAUUAUUGAUCAUCUAUUAAUCCCUCUGUUUAUUGUCCUAACAACGACUAGCUAUGAAAUUAGGAAUGUUAAGGUGAUGUACAUAACACUAGUUAAUAGCAUCGUCUUAAGCUACUAAUUACUGGAAUUUCCCUUCCCAAAGCACAGUAAUUCACUAGUAAACAUAAGCACCUCUC